UGUAAAAAGCAUAAAAAACCACCAAACCAAUAAGAAGAAAAAUAAAAGCUUCGACUGUGAUUUGUGAAUAAAAAAUGGAUCCCUCUGCAAAACUCCUCUGGGUGAUGGCUCUUUGCGUGGCUGCAAUGGCACACCAAGCAGCUGCUAAUGGCGGGAAGGAUACAACAGACGCAAAGGCUGUGAUCGACAAGGUGUGCGCAGCGUCCCCAACCAGAGACCUCUGCGUUGAGGUCCUCUCUUCCGACCCACCAAGUAGCUCAAACCUCAAAGACUUGGCAAUCCUUUCCCUUAGGUUUGCCGCCAGAAACGCUUCCGGCAUCCUCGCCGACACCAAAAUCCUCAUCGACGACGACCAACUUGACCCUGAUGUUCAACAGGGUUUGGCUGAUUGCAAGGAGAACAUCCUGGACGCCGAGAGCCAGCUGGAGGACACCAUUGCUGCCUUGAUGGCAGACGCUGCAGGUGACGCUCAGCUCUGGCUCAAGGCUGCCUUGGCUGCCAUCGACACCUGCGACGCCUCCAUCCCCGGCGACGACGACGUCCUCUCCGUUGAGAGCGCCGUCUUCCGCAAGCUCUGCAACGUCGCCAUUACCGUUAUCCAGCAACUCCCUAAUAAAACCAAAACUUAAAAACCUUCGCCUCUCUGUCAACCCAUCCAUAUAUCGGUUUUUACUUUCUGUCUUUUGUUAUGUCAGAAAAUAAAGGUUGUUGUGUUUCGGAAGUUUCACAACCAUCGCGAUGAUAUGUCGCGCAUGCAGGCUCGUUACACCUGUGUGGAUCCUUCAUUUAGUUACUUUUGAAUUUUAGGUUAGUAUUAUUAAGAUAUAUGGAUUAUGUAAUUUCCUUGUUUGUUCUUAUGUUUUCAACUUUGUGAAGAAUUUCAUUAUAAUGCAAAGCUACUACUUACGUAAUUGUGGAUGGUU